AUGGGAACACCACUUACAGGGACGGUCAUUAUUACUGGAGGCAAUGGACUACUGGGCUCAGAGAUCGCCAUUGAGAUUGCAAAAAAGCAACCAUUUGUGCAUCUAUUAUUGACGGCCCGGGAUAUACGGACCGAUGAUGUCCGGGACCUCAUCGGAAAGAUCCGAUUAAUCGGCCCAAGAUCGAUUGAGGUUCUCACUCUUGACCUGACCGAUCUGAAAUCAGUGGCCAGCUUUGCCAAAUCUACAGUCGACCGUGUCCGAUUUAAAGACAUUCCACCCGUGACCAGCCUGAUUCACUCUGCUGUCGCCACAUCAUACGUUGUUGACGACCUCACCUCCGAUGGCUACGACCCUGUGUAUCAAACAAAUUGCCUGUCACCGUUCUUAUUGACUAUCGGGCUCCUUGAGGCGUUCCGUGCCGGCGAUGGUACACCAAAAGGUGGAGCGAAGGUGAUCAACAUUGGAUGUUCAGCAGCAACAUCGUGUGGACGAUUGGAUUAUUUUGACCGCGACCAUGGAAGACACGACCGACAGCCUGGAACAUCACUGAGUGCAAAAGAAGGCAACAUUCGAUUUGGAAGCAGCAAAUUAAUAGCCAGUGUCGCAUUAUAUGCAUUGCGACGGAGCUUGAUCUGGACUGGACACAUAUCGCUAGAUAUCUUCACACUGGAUCCAGGGGGCAUGACUGGCCCAAGCAAUCUGCGGACUGGGGCCCCCAUGUCCGUCAAAGUCGCACACCAGACUCGGACCGGGCUUCGGCCUUUCCUGCGCAUGGUAUCCCGAAGCUCCAUGAACAAGGCCAGUGUUCCAGCCAAAGCGAUUGCCAAAGUCGCAUUCCAUAUCGACUCGGUGGAGAACUGGCAAAAGGAACGCUACUUUAUACUCGAUAACGACUACGAGGCCGCAUCCGUCAUGGCGAGCUUGCGUGAUGGAGAGAGAAUGAACACCCUGUUACUACAGAUGAUGGGACAGGCUGAUGUGGAAACAAAGGAGAUUGAUUCUCCUCCUGUUCGUCCUCGAAUGAGUAUGCUCUCACCUCCGACGAUUGCGUUGUGA